AUGGAUAAAUCAAAACCCCAAAGAGAAGAUCAUUUAAAAAGGGGUUCAGAUGUCACACCAUAUGAAGCUUUAAUAGCUGGCUCAAUUGCGGGAGGAACUUCAAGAGCAAUUACUGCACCAUUAGAUACGAUAAAGAUUAGAUUGCAAUUACAACAACACACUUUUAAACAUAGAGAAACUGUACCUACUAUAAUCAAAAAUCUAUUAAAAGAGGAGGGUAUAAUUGCAUUAUGGAAGGGAAAUGUACCUGCUGAAAUUUUAUAUAUCUUAUAUGGAGGGGUUCAAUUUACCUCGUAUUCAAUUUUCAGUAAGUCAUUAUCAAAGUUUGAAAAAGAUUAUAAUUUGAAAUUAUCAUCAGCUUCACAUUCUUUAAUAGUUGGUUUAGGUGCCGGUUUUGCAAGUACUAUAAUAACAUAUCCUUUUGAUUUGUUAAGAACUAGAUUGGUUGCUAAUAAAAAAAAGAACCUAUUAUCUAUGACAAAAGUGUUUAGAGGUAUUUUAAGGUCUGAGGGUUUAAAAGGUAUGUUUGUAGGAAUACGGCCAGCUAUGUUUUCAGUGGCUUUGAAUACCGGUUUAAUGUUUUGGUCUUACGAAUUGGCAAGAGAAUUUUCUUCAGAUUAUAAACAUGUACCGUUUAUUGAAGGUAUUUGUGGAUUUAUCGCUGGUGCUACUUCAAAAGGUAUAACGUUUCCACUAGAUACUUUGCGAAAAAGAUGUCAAAUGUAUUCAGUGGUCCAUGGAACUAAAUGUCCAAGCUCUUUACAUUUGUUCUUUAACAUAUUAAAGAGAGAAGGUAUAUUUGGUUUGUAUAAAGGUUAUGGUGUUAGUAUUUUGAAAACAGCUCCAACAAGUGCAAUCUCAUUACUAAUGUAUGAAUAUACCAUUUCAUUUAUAAAGAAAAAAGAGAAUAGAAACGAAUAG